UCAGGUGUUGCAAGCCUUAGGGGCCAGCGUAGUUUUCCUUAAGAAAUGAUAUUUGAAGAACAAUCUCAACAGCAAAAUGGAGGUUAACUAAGGGAAGAGGCAGGGAGGAGCGUCCAGGCAGAGGGAAGAGCACGUGCAGAGGCCCUGGGUGAGAAGGACUUUGCAACAUUUGAGGCUCUAAAUGAAGCCAGAGGAGGCAGGGGCAACAUCAAACACAGGGCCUUGCGCCAACCCUAAGGAGUUUUGAUGUUUAAAGAAAUAGCCAGCAGCCUUACAGGGUUUCAAGGAGCGAAUGCCACGAUCGGAUUUACCUGCCCCGCGGCUACAGAGCAGACUGUUUUGCCAACCAUGGCAUCUGGAGAUGACAGUCCUAUCUUUGAAGAUGACGAAAGCCCUCCUUACAGCCUGGAAAAAAUGACAGAUCUCGUAGCUGUUUGGGAUGUUGCUUUAAGUGAUGGAGUCCAUAAGAUUGAAUUCGAACAUGGGACCACAUCAGGCAAACGAGUGGUAUAUGUAGAUGGGAAGGAAGAGAUAAGAAAAGAAUGGAUGUUCAAAUUAGUGGGCAAAGAAACCUUCUGUGUUGGAGCUUCAAAGAUGAAAGCAAGCAUAAAUAUAGAUGCUGUCAGUGGGUUUGCUUAUGAAUAUACUCUGGAAAUUAAUGGGAAAAGUCUCAAGAAGUAUAUGGAGAACAGAUCAAAAACCACCAAUACUUGGGUAUUACAUUUGAAUGGUGAGGACUUUAGAGUUGUGCUGGAAAAAGACACUAUGGAUGUAUGGUGCAAUGGUAAAAAAAUGGAGACAGCAGGUGAGUUUGUAGAUGACGGAACUGAAACUCACUUCAGUAUUGGGAACCAUGACUGUUACAUAAAGGCUGUCAGUAGUGGGAAGCGGAAAGAAGGGAUUAUUCAUACUCUCAUUGUGGAUAAUAGAGAAAUCCCAGAGAUUCCUGAAUGACUUCAUGUUAAUGAAUUUUAAUCAAGAAGUAAAGAUCAGGACUUUUAAAUUACUGUGGUGAUUAAAUAUGUUCAGUAUAUACUUUUCAGUACAUCUAGUCGCCAUGUUUUUAUUUUUUAGUUACUUGAAACUGUAAUAAUGUUCCAAAGGUCAGGAAAAAAAAUUAUGUAUCAUAAAUAUUGCAAUUUAUUUUGUAAAUAAUGUAAAAUGUUUUAACAUCAAAUGGAAAAUAAGAUAUGGACCAAAAAUCACUAGUGUUUUACAAGAGCAACUUUUACUAUAAUAAAUGCUA